UUAUGAUUAGACCAAGAAAGAAAAAUAAAAGUGGUUCAACACCAUCGAAGGAGUGAGUCAAAACGACAAAAGACGGAAUAUUGUUUUCGCGCAAAGAUCAGAAAAUAGGAUCCAGCGAUGGCGGAAGAUCUGGUUCUCGAUACGGCGAUCAGAGAUUGGGUGUUGAUACCCCUUUCAGUGGUGAUGGUUCUCAUCGGCAUCCUCCGCUACUUCGUCUCCAAGCUCAUGCGCUCCUUUCAAGUUCCUGAUCCUAAGAUCGUCAAAGAAGGGCAAGUAAUCGUUAGGGCUCGGAAUUUACGAGGUGCUGCAAAUUUUAUCCCUCCCAAGUCUUUUCGAUCUCGGAGGGUUUAUUUCAGCAAUGAGGAAAAUGGAUUACUGUUUGUCCCCAAGGGCCAGGCUCAAAAUGCGCAAGCACAAAUGUUCUCUGACCCUAACAUGGCUAUGGACAUGAUGAAGAAAAACCUCUCUAUGAUUAUACCUCAGACUCUCACUUUUGCCUGGGUCAACUUUUUCUUCUCUGGAUUUGUUGCAGCCAAAAUACCCUUCCCAUUAACUCAGAGGUUCAGAUCGAUGUUGCAGAAUGGAAUUGACCUUAGCACAGUUGAUGUGAGCUAUGUUAGUAGCCGCUCAUGGUAUUUCCUCAAUUUGUUUGGUUUGAGGGGUUUAUUUAGUCUGAUUCUGGGAGAGGAAAAUGCAAUGGAUGAUACACAGCGAAUGAUGCAGAUGGGUGGGUUUGGCUUUGAUCCAUCAAAGAGCCUGAGUGCUGAGAAAGAUGGUCUUGACAUAGUCCAACAUGAAUGGGCACUCCCUAAAUUCGAGCAUCGGGCCGAAGCAGUAUUGAAAAAACUAGUCAGCUGAACAUCGGGAGCGUAUAAACAGCUGUCAAAAGGGGGUAGUUUGAUUGAAGUUUUCAUCUUACAAGCUUUUCGAUGGGUAAAAGAUGAAACUCCUUUAGAUACCAAGUCUAGGUUUGUAGUUUAGAUUGCAGCCCUACGAGAAGCAAGAGGAAAACUCCCACAUUCCCAAGUUCUUUCUGCUCUUGUUAAUUCUAUGUCGAAUUUUGGGCCGGCCAGGCAGCCUAGGCUAGGCUGAUCAGUUCAGUUCUAGCUUAUUGCCGGUAAACAAAACUCUUAAUCGCAUUGAUUCAGUGUUGAAUACGAAAAUUUGUUUUCAAGAAAUUAAUUAUGUCA